AUGACCACAAGAGGGCAAUGGUGGAUUUACUGCAUUUCACCAUAUUGCAUCCAUUACUACUGUAGCAAAUUUCCUGACCAGGGAGCAAGCCUGUUGGCCCCUAUCCCCAUUCCCCAAUUCCAAGAAUGGAUAGAUUUAGACCUGUGGCAAGCGGCAUUUCGACCCGACAUCCCAGGUGACCAACACGUGCCGCCGCGUUUGGGAGGCUUGCUGAAGGCCUUUGAAGCCCAGCGGCUAGAAGGCAGACAGCCCGUGCGGGGCACUUGGACACUUUGGCCCGCAUGGACUCCGGCCGCUGACAAAACGCGCGUGGUCUUCAUUGACAACUUGGAUUCCUUCAGCCUCAACGUGGCCAACGCCUUGACCAAGCUGGGCGCUGAAGUGCUGAUGGUGCCGGGCCGUGGCCCCACCAGCCCAAGCGUGGAGGAGGUGCUGAAAGUUCGCCCUUCUCACCUGGUGCUAGGCCCUGGCCCAGGGCGCCCGGAGAUGUCCCCCUUGACCAUGGCCUUUGCCAAAAUGGCACUACGUGGGCUGCCACAGAUGCCGCCGCUGCUGGGCUUGUGCUUGGGACACCAAGCCCUGGGCGUGGCCGAGGGCUGGCGCCUGUCCAAGUCGGCCUUGGGGCCGUGCCAUGGCGUCACUGAGGAGAUCUGGCACCACCACAGUGGCCUCUUCUCUCAGCUGGACAAUCCUGCCAGGAUGAUGCGUUACAACUCCCUGGUCUUGGAGCCGCCCACGGGCACCAGCAAGCUGCAAGUCUGCGCGUGGGACGCCUCGCGGAAGUUGCCCAUGGCCAUCGAAGGCCGCGACGGGCAGGUCUAUGGCGUGCAAUUCCACCCGGAGAGUGCUGGCAGCUACCAGGGCGACCAGAUCCUCCGCGCCUUUCUUUCCCUCCGUCGCAGCUCCUUUUGA